AUGGUAAUGGUAAUUUGUUGGCUUCUAGGGAAUGGAUGUCUUCUUGCUUGGAACAGUAUGUUAACGAUGCAGGAUUACUAUGAAUACUUGUUCCUGGUUAAUAGCAAAAAGGGUAAACCUCUCAAAGGAAGUUGUGCCGCACCUGCUAAUGGUGGUCCCCUUGAAGUGAAGCACAAGAAAACAAAGCUGACAAAUCCAAACCCUUUUCGACUUAGUACAGAUAUGAAUCAAGUACAGUCAGAGUUACGUCUUGCUCGUAAUUUGAUUGCUGAAAAGGACUUGGAAGUCCAAAGAAUUUACACAACUAACAGUCAGUAUAUUAAGGAAAAUGAAAGACUAAGAGCUAUAAUGGGAGUGUGGAGUGAGCGAGCAGCUAAGGUACGUCUACUAAUAGUAAUUAGAGAACAAAGCAGCAACAUUAGGUUUGGUCUUGAUCGCCGACCAAAUUUGAUCUGGGUUUUACUCUUUGAUCAAAUUUUGAUCGAUGGUCCGUCCCACUACGCCUAUCCACUGCACCAAAUAUUUGAGUUUAGUCGUCCAUUGUGGACGCUCUUAGCAGCUGCAAGAUUUAUUGUAUAUAUAUGGGGAUAUGAUGAAUAG